CCAAUACUACUAUUCGUAUCGAGUCCUUCGAUGGGUUAUCUCCCCUGUCUAGGCUAAAGCCUCUCCUCGAGAUAUAUCAAACAUCUUCGCGCUGGUGUUGGAUUUAUAAUUAUUUGACUUCAAUUAUCAAGUUCUGCCAACAUCACGGAAAUUAAUAUUCACUAUGCGAACUCCUAAGAAAACAGGAAGUGUAACUAUCGAUGUUCUAGAAACCAAUGACAUCCAUUAAAGCUAAUGUGAGCGACAUAUUUCAGACGAAUCUAACUAAAUGGUAAAACGCACAAGAAAGAUUAAAUUAAAACCAAUGGCGCAUAAUGACAAGAAGUAUUUGUGUUGUUGAGUUAACUUAGACUGUAAAGUAAUUUAUGCUUAACAUGGACUGGAUGUAGACCGCGAAUUUUGAAAUCCACUAUACAAACUAUUAUAUUGGAACUGGACUUCACUCUACCAGUUAUGGCAGCCGCCAUGUUAAUUGUUUUGAUUUUGGUUGCCAAUAGUGAUGUCACGUGGUCUGAAACGGCCUCAGAACGAUUAGCAGCAGCCAAGAAAGCUCUGGAGUAUGUGAAUCGAGUAGAGAACAGUCAAUGUUCAGGUGGAACCGAGGAGGUCCUUCAGCUUGUCUUCAAUACCUCAGUAUGGCGAGUCUACACUGAACCAGCGAUACGCACAGCGAACAUACUGAGUUCCAUAAUUCAAAUAGAUGGAAACCUGAACAGUCUGGAAGAAAAUAUCUUCUACACCUUCGUUAGAAACAAUGUUCAUGGCGAAGGCUUGAUAUUCGGGGCUGCCAUCGCCCUGGAACCUGGACUAUAUAGUUUAUAUGAUCGUUUUUGUCCCUACUCUUUUAGAAAGAACGGAAGCGUCAGCGCCUUUGAUAUUGCCGUGAAUUAUAACUAUCUUAGUAAUGGUACUGAAUGGUAUAAUGCUGUUCGAGUUAAAGAUUUUGGAAAUGCUACUGUGAAGCAAGAUAGUAUAACAUAUAACGGCAGUACCACACCUCUACAGUUCGAUCAGCCAACAGCUAAAUAUGAAAAUGGUCAUUGGACGUAUCCAUAUUAUGAUUGUGGUGGGGGAGAUAUCUGGAUGGUCACCUACUCAGCACCAAUAUUCGAUCUCGACAAAAAUAAAACACCUAUAUUCAAAGGUGUAGCUACUAUAGAUAUAGAACUGACUAAUGUGGAUAUUAACCAGUGCGACCUAUCAGAUGAGUCAGAUGGAGGAGCUCUAGACGUAUUUAGGGGAACGCACCAUUGUCAAGCUACAACAAAGUGUGUGCCUCUGAUCGGUCAAGGUUUUAGACGUGGAGCCUAUCAGUGCCAUUGUAUGGAUGGUUAUUAUUACCCAGUAGUAGGCUCACCUAUCAGGGCGUAUUCUGGUUAUGAUAUAGAGAGAUAUGUAGAUAAAUAUUUUGGGUUGGUGACAAUACCUUUUCGUUGUUUACCUUGUCCUCGAGGAUGUGACACGUGUGUGGACGAUACGCCAUGUUUAUUUCCCAUGGAACUCGGUAUAAGAAUUUUGGUGGUUCUGUUGGCUGUAAUAAUGAUCAUAGGAUGCUGUGCCGUCUCUUUUCUAGUUUUCAAAUACAGAACACAAAUGGUUAUAAAAACAGCGUCUCCUAUUUUUCUUCACCUGAUGUGUCUUGGCGCCAUUCUCAUGUGUUGUCAGUUGUUUGUAGCCUUUCCCGAACCAACUGAUAUAUCGUGUAUUAUUGAAAUAUGGCCUCAACACCUUGGCUUCUCCAUCAUGUUUGGUGCCUUAAUCGUUAAAACAUGGAGGAUAUCGAUAAUAUUCAGCGUUGGGUCAGUUAAACGAGUUAGCCUACCAGACAUCGCCUUAUUAAAGAGAUUAUCGCCCUUGGUAACUUUAUUUAUAAUAGUUUUAUCAGUAUGGUCUAUAGUCGACCCACCAACCGUCCAUAUUCUAACUACUACGUCAUCACUCAAGUUCUUCACGUGCGCUGUAACAUAUUGGCAUUAUGCUAUGUACGGAGGAGAAGCAUUGUUAUUGUUAUUUGGAGUAUAUCUAUGUUUUACUGUUCGUAAAGCACCUGCUCAUUUUAACGAGAGUAAACACAUCACAUGGGCUGUUUAUAACGCCAUUAUUCUAGGAAGUUUUAUUAUCAUCUUAACACAGUUUAUGGCUGUAUCUAAUGGACCGGAUGUAUUAUAUCUACUAUUAUUGGCCCAACACCAGGUGUUAAUUACAAUUAGCAUGGUACUUAUAUUCGCUCCUAAGUUUUGGGCGUUGUAUAAAGGAAGUGGAUCAGAGGGCGAGGCUGGGGUCACCACGAUAACUGGUCGUGUAAAACAACACCUACCUACUACAGUCAGCAAACUCAGGUCAGAUGUUAGAAGUACGGCUGUACAGACAGAUGACAUUUCUUUAGAGAUGAUUGCUACUCGUUCCGAUUCUAUUAAAACAUCGAAAUAUUCAUCGAAAGUUUCCCCACUAUUAGAAGUUCCUGCCACAUCAUUUAAACCUGACGAAAGCAAUCAUAGUGAAUCGUAAUUUAUAUUUAAUUGAAUGAUAGCCAUUUGCCACUUUCAACGCGCCAUUACUUCGAAUUUAAGGAGUUUGCUGUCCUUAGCCAUGGAUUAACCGAGUUUUAACUCCCCGGCUAGUUUGAUGCGUUUUAUAAAUGAUAUUCUUUGCAGUUCCUGGAUUCCUUUGUCUUUGUGUCAGAUUGCCUACGAUUGGGUAAAUGAACCAUAUUAAUGACAAAUCAGCUAUCGCAUAACAAAUCAAAGUGGGCUAACCAAAGCAAUAAAUCUGGCUUACAUAACAGAAGGGAUGACCUCAACUAAGUCUAACUAGAAAAAAAAGAUAAAAAGUUGAUUGACCAGUCGACCGAAGGCCUACUAAUUAAGUCCCAUAACCCGUGUCCUGAUACAGCCGUGUGGAUUAUACAUUUAGCAAACAAAAUACUACUCAGUGUUUGGUACAAAGUAGGCUGGUAAUCAGUCUAACUGUUUUUGAUUUUGUAACCCAGUCAAUAAUAUUGAAACCAAUAUGGUCGCCUAGACAGUCGGGUUGUUAUUACAAUAAAAUAAAACCUAGUACGAACAAUCCAAACCAUAAGACAGAAUUCGAAGUCCUAAAAAACGUUAUAGGCAAAGUAGUGUAUUCAAGCAAAAUAGUGUAAUCAGCAAAUGGACUGCUCCUCGUGUACAAAAUACACGACAAACAGUGGUAACAGGUGUCCGGAAGAGUAAGCUUACCCUGCCUGGCGCCACACCUGCCAUAGCUGGGCCGUGUUCAUUGUUCAACCAGGCAUUAAUAACCAACCGAAAGUGUGUUUUUUUGGGACCAGACUCAGUAUUCGACAUAGUGUGCUGGUUGAAAGAGACCUGGACUUAUUCUGGCAAUAGCCCAACCACGAGAUCUACGAACAUAAACAAGACUUAUCCAGUGAUCUCGUAUAGCUAGUCAGGUGGGGGUUGGACCAAAAUCACCAUCAAUUUUGUUGUGUGAGGCGUGGGAAUUUCGGUAACCCCAAUCGAAUAUGGAGAUGUGGCUGUCAACAAAGAAUAUAACCCCAAUCGAAGCUUUUCGUGUCAAAAGAUCCUUUCAUGGACAAUGGUUCCAUCCGCCGAUCCAUCCGUAACAAAGAUUUGAAUAUUCCGGAGAUGAUCCAAAGAAAAGUUAAUCAAUUAUUGUUACCGAUUGAAGUAGAGAUUGGUACCGGCAAUAUACAUUAAAUAUCUGCUUAAAAAAGACUUUCUAAUGAAAAUGAAGCGGUAUCAAAUGAACAUUAAAGAUACAUUAUGUAAGAUCUAAAUCUUUCUAAUGCAGAUCUUUCGUUUGGCCUCAAAUGUUAUAUAAAUCAUUACUUAGACAUGUAUUCACAUGCCAAGCCAUAAUCAACCCUCUAGCUCACCAAGGGCUUUUGAUUUUCAACGUAUUUAAACACGAAUGACACUUUAGUCGAGAUUUUGUUUAUUAUCCUGGCAAUGUUACCAAUGCCAUUCGAGAUUGCACUGUUCUUUAAACGGCAAUAAGUUCGCUCAGAAUGGAGUAAUUUGACUGAAAGUUUCAACACAUUCCCUUUUCAUUAUGUAUUUGUAACUAUUAUAGAGAGAACUGUGAGCACUUUAUCUAAAUCUUACAUAAUGUAUCUUUAACAGUCUGAUGCAUUCUUUUUAUCCCCCUAACAUAGUGAUAGUAAUGUGAUAUGCCUUAAUAUAUCUUGCCUUAAAUUCAUUCAAUAUUCACCAUUAUACGUCCAUAACUGCCAUUUUAUUAGCCUGAUCGUCUGCACAAUGAUGAGAUAUAAUGAUACAGGUCGGAUACCUUGACUGUUCUUAGUGUGCCCGGUGAACCGGUGUGGUUCCCCCUUGUAAGGAGUUAGCCCCCUAACCAGGAGGCCUCGGGGUCGAUCCUGGAGAUCGCUGAGCAAGUUCCCCGGUAUUUGACCGUCUUGUUUCUCCGGUGUCUUACUCAGGAUCUGACAUGGAUCGGGACAGAAAACGGUGUUCCCCGAACACAUUGGUGUAGACGUAAAAAAAUCCCUUGACAUUUGGAAUUUAAAAUAAGAAUGUACCGUAGCACCACUAACUACUAAAGAUAAAAUCCAAAUUUUAGUAGAUACUUCAAUUUUGAUUGGCUAAGCACUAAAAUCAGUCUAAUAUUAUCCAAUCAAAUUACUAAGAUUUGGAUUUUAUGUUAGUUAAAAUUUCGUGAAACAGGCCCCAGUACAAGAAUGUUGGUUAAGGCAGUCAAGGUAAAGGGUUAUGUCAUUAUAUCUUGUUGGUUAAGGCAGUCAAGGUAAAGGGUUAUUUCAUCAUAUUUUGUUAUAUUGACGAUUUAUCUGAUCAAAUAUUUAUAUUACCUGUACAGACCUGUAUUUAUUUAUUCCCCUCACCUUUUUUUUGUUAAUUAUUCCGUUACAAAUGAAGCAUGAACAUACUACUGGACUGGUGUGGCGUGUCAUUAUGCCUUCAUUUUAAGUGUUUUCUUUUUAAUUUGAAAGUGAUAUAACUUAUUGUAAUUGUGUAUUACGUUUUCACCCACGACAUUCAUCUCUUAUAAUUAACAUACAUUAUAAUAUAGCUCAUACUCUUAUUAACAUGUAUUAUAAUUUAUGUUAUACUUUUAUAUUUAACAUGCAUUCUAUUUUAUCUUAUACUCUUAUAUUUAACAUCAUUUAUAAUUUAUCCCAUGCUCUUAUAAUUAACACGUUUUAUAAUUUAUCCCAUACACGGAUUAUAAUUUAUAACAUUUUCUUAUAAUUAACACGGAUUAUAAUUUAUCUCAUAUUCUUAUAAUUAACCCGUAUUAUAAUUUAGCUCAUACUCGUAUAAUUAACGCGUAUUAUAAUUUUUCUCAUACUCUUUUAAUUAAACAUGCAUUAUGCAAGAGCUAAAUCAGCAUAUUUUAAGUCUUUAUUUAGGCUUCAGAUGUCAUAGAAAUUAUAUAUUAGAUCUUUAUUUACACAACAAGCCCAAAAUCAACUUUUGUAGACCCACGGAUGGCUUGGAUUCGGCUUGGAUUUAAACAGGAUUUCAUUGAUUGAUUAAAUUUUUAAAUGGCGUCGUAAGCGGAGAUUAACCGUUACGUUGACGUCAUUCUCCCGGAACUUUUCCAUAAAAGGCAGUGAUGAUCGAGGCUAAAUGAUCGAGCGUACGAAGCGAUGCCGCUGUUGAGCGAGGCCGCAUGUCAGUCAAUUUGAUUUAAAGUUCGAUAUACGGCCUUGAUAUUAUGUUUAGUUGUGGUUAAAAUGAGAGUUUGAAUGUCGGUAUUAUACGCUCUUUUGUAUAUCCUAUUUGUCUGCUUCGGGAGUCACGUAGGCCUAUCAUUUACAGUACAAGAGUACACACAGGCUAACAAGAAGUCGGCUAUAAUUAUGUACAAUGCUGCCUCAUUGAUUUGGUCCAUUCCUUUCAAACUUUCGCUUCUUAUCUAUAUAUUAAGGUCUCAUUUUUAAUUUGUAGUAAAAAUAAAUGUAAUACGAAUUGAAUUGCAACCCCGUCUCAAACCGAAUAGGCUAACGGUACCAGAGCCAUUGAAAACGUUACUUGAUAAUCGAGAUUAUGUAGGUGGAGUUAACGCCUGUCAAUCAAACGAUCGGCCAUUCUCGGAGACGGUGAAGAUAGAGUUGACUCCUAUUUCUAGUAAAAAAUGACAAUGGUGAUAACUUUGUUCAGAAUAAAGUAAUUUGACUGAAAUUUUCAAUAUAUUCUUCAUUCAUCAUCUAUUUUUGAACUGUUGUAUCAAGAAUGGCCAACUCUCUAUUACAAUCUCCCAUAAUGUAUCUUUAACAUUAUUAUAAUACUUUAGCUCAUGCUGUUAUAAUUAACAUAAUUUCUCAUUUAUCUGAUACUAUAUAUUAUAAUUAACAUGAUUUAUAAUUGAGCGCAUACUUUUAUAAUU